AUGGCUGCCAAUUCCGUCGCCAAAGCCCUCGAGGGGCUCGCAGUCGCCCAGACGAAGGAACUGAAGGGUACCGAGAAGCGAGACUCCCUCAUCGCCGUCGAGAAGAAAUACCAGCAACAAUGGGAGCAGGAUGGUGUAUUCCAGCCGGACGCUCCGUCCGCUACCGACAUCCCUCUCGAGUCGAUAUCGGCCGCCGAAUUGCGGGAGAAAUACCCCAAGUUCUUCGGAACAAUGGCCUAUCCCUACAUGAACGGAACUCUCCAUGCCGGGCACAGCUUCAGUGUCUCCAAGGUUGAGUUCGCAGCUGGCUGGGCGCGCCUCCAGGGCAAGCGGGUGCUUUUCCCCCUGGGAUUCCACUGUACCGGGAUGCCGAUCAAAGCUUGUGCCGACAAGCUCGUGAACGAAGUCAAGAUGUUUGGACGCGACUUUGAAAACUACAAGGAGGAAGAGUCCGUGGUGGAAGAGAUCCCUGCAGCAGCUCCAACCAAGGGAAAAGAGGACCCGACGAAGUUCGUGGCGAAGAAGGGAAAGGCUGCCGCGAAGCAGGUCAAGAUGAAGUACCAGUUCCAGAUCAUGCAGGCGAUUGGUAUCCCCAUUCAGGAAAUCCACCUCUUCGCGGACCCUCAGUACUGGCUCGAGUUCUUCCCGCCCCUGUGCCGACGCGACCUGACCAACUUCGGAGCUCGCAUCGACUGGAGACGGUCUUUCGUGACCACCGACGCGAAUCCCUACUACGAUGCUUUCGUUAGAUGGCAGAUGAACAGAUUGAAGGAGUUGAACAAGAUCAAGUUUGGCAAGAGAUAUACGAUCUACUCGAUAAAAGAUGGCCAACCCUGUAUGGACCAUGACAGAGCAGAGGGGGAAGCAGUAGGUCCUCAGGAAUAUACAGCUAUCAAACUUCGGGUCAAAGAGUGGGCACCCAAAGCUGAAGAGAUCCUGAAAGGCAAAUUGCCAGCCGACUCAAACGUGUUUCUGGUACCAGCCACUUUACGGCCCGAGACUAUGUACGGCCAGACGUGCUGUUUCGUUGGCCCCAAGAUCACAUACGGCAUCUUCAAGGUGUCAGAAAAGGAGUACUAUCUCGUCACCGAUCGAGCUGCCCGGAAUAUGGCUUACCAGAGCGUUUUCUCCAAGGAAGGUUCGAUAGAGAAAGUCGCUGAAAUUGCAGGAUCUGACGUUGUCGGGACUCUGGUACAUGCUCCUCUCUCCCUUCACACCGAGGGAGUUAGGGUGCUUCCGAUGGAAACCGUUCUCCCAACCAAGGGCACCGGUGUGGUGACUUCUGUGCCGUCUGACAGCCCCGAUGACUAUGCGACGGUAACAGAUCUUGCCAAGAAAGCCGCAUACUAUGGUAUCAAGGAGGAAUGGGCCAAGAUGGAAAUCAUCCCCAUUAUCGACACCCCGUCAUACGGCGACCUGUGCGCGAAGACCCUCGUGGAGAAGCUCAAAAUCGCAUCGCCGAAAGAUACGAAACAGCUAGAAGAAGCAAAAGAACUUGCCUACAAAGAGGGAUACUACCAGGGUAUCCUCAAGGUUGGCGAAUUCAAGGGUGAAAAGGUCGAAGUUGCCAAGCCGAAAGUCAGACAGCAACUCAUCGACGCGCGCGAGGCUUUCGCAUACUCAGAACCUGAGAAGAAGGUUGUGUCAAGAUCCGGCGAUGACUGCAUCGUCUCUCUCAUGGACCAGUGGUACCUCGAUUAUGGCGAGGCUUCUUGGCGGAAAACUGCUCUUGAAUGGGUAGACAACGCAGAAGGCAAGGGUAUGGACACGUACACAGCAGAAACCAAGCGUGCCUUUGAGGGUGCUCUGAACUGGCUGAACCAGUGGGCGUGUGCGAGAUCCUUCGGCCUGGGCUCAAAGCUACCGUGGGAUCCUCAAUUCCUGGUCGAAAGUUUGAGUGACAGCACGAUCUACAUGGCUUACUACACCGUUGCGAACAGGCACAUCCUACACAAAGAUGUUUUCGGAAGGGAAAAGGGCAUUGGGAAUAUUGGGCCCGAGCAAAUGACAGAUGAUGUCUGGGACUAUAUCUUCUGUCGUCGCGAACUUGGCGAUGACGUUCUUUCCGGAUCCAGCAUACCCAAGGAGACUCUGCAAACGAUGAGGCGAGAGUUCGAAUACUUCUACCCUCUCGACAUCCGGGUUUCCGGCAAGGACCUGAUCAACAACCAUCUUCUGUUCUUCUUGUAUAUCCACCUCGCCAUCUUCCCCCCGGAGUACUGGCCAAAGGGUGUUAGAGCCAACGGCCACCUGAUGCUGAACGGCGCAAAAAUGUCGAAAUCCACCGGAAACUUCAUGACACUGAACGAUUUGACCAUGAAGUACGGAGCGGAUGCUUCGCGCAUUGCACUCGCUGAUGCUGGAGAUGGAAUUACCGAUGCCAACUUUGAAGAAGACGUCGCAGACAACAACAUUUUACGACUAUACAACCUUCGUGAAUGGUGUGAAGAGGUUGUUAGAGAUGAAAGUCUGAGGACAGGAGAGCUCAACAACUUCCAGGACGCCCUCUUCAACAACGAGAUGAAUACGCUUGUUGCAGAGGCCGAGCAACACUUCGAGGAGACAAACUACAAGCUCGCACUUAAGGCUGGUCUCUACGAGUUCACCAACGCUCGUGAUUUCUACCGUGAUGCUUGCAACUCGGCUGGCAUCAAGGUGCACAAAGACCUCGCUGUACGAUACGUCGAACUUCAAGCACUGCUUCUUGCAGUGUUCGCGCCCCACUGGUCUGAGUACAUGUGGCUCGAGGUCCUGAAAAAGCCCGAGACGAUACACAACGCCCUAUACCCGAAGGUGCCACCAACCGAUGCAGGACUUACUGCAGCGCGUGAAUACGUGCGCACUACCGCAUCGAACGUCAACUCGGCUGAGGGUGCCCAGCUGAAGAAGAAGGCUAAGGGCAAGGAGAUGACAUUCGAUCCCAAGAAGCCCAAGAAGCUCACCAUCUUCAUGAGCGAUAAGUUCCCGGCGUGGCAAGAGAAGUACAUCGAUCUCAUUCGGAUGGUGUGGGACCCAGCAACAAAAUCCAUACAGAACGAGAAGGAGCUCAGCGGCAAGAUUGGCAAGAUGGGUGAGGUGAAGAAAGCUAUGCCCUUCGUCCAAGCUCUGAAGAGACGCCUCCAGGCCGGCGAGCCUGCGGACAAGGUCUUGGAGCGAAAGCUGGCAUUCGACGAGAAGGACACGCUGCUCGCGAUGGUGCCCGGUCUCAAGAAGACGGCCGGUCUCCAGGUCGUUGAUAUCAUUCACGUGGAAGGAGGUAAGAAGGGGAAGGUCGUGACUGCGGAUGGAAGCGAGAAGGAGGGUCUGCCGGUCCAGGCCGAGCUCGCCGUACCAGGCGUGCCUACUUUCCUUUUCGAGAACGUAGAGUGA